UGGAAGCAGAUACAAACAGUUCAGUUAGCCGUUAGCAGCAGAUCUCCGUUUGUAGUCCCCUCAGAGGGUCAUAAAGGUUUUUAUUUUACAUUUUAAAGGUUUAUUAAAGAGGAGGAGAUGGACGGAGGCUCCGGAAGUGAAGAUCUGUUCGACAGCAUCGUGAUGGCGGAUGAAAAGUUCAGAGGGGAGGGGUACCAGGAGGGCUUUGAGAGGGGGAGAUGCAGAGGGCUGCAGGAGGGCCGCAGACACGGGGCCUCUCAUGGGGCCAAACUGUCCUCUGAGGUCUCCUUCUAUUAUGGGUUCGCCAUCACAUGGAAAUGUCUCCUCCAACACCACACAGACCUCAAAUCCAGGAAGCGUCUGAAGGCCGUGGAGGCUCUGCUGGAUCUGAUCCAGGACUUGUCUCUGGAUGACCUGUCCUCAGUGAAGCUGCAGGGGGACAUGGAGAAACUACGGGCCAAGUUCAGACAGGUGUGCUCCAUGCUGAACAUCCCCGCUGAUUUUAAGAACUAUGUGAGAACCAAUGAGGGGACGUCUUUCUGAAGCCCUGCUGCUCUGUAGGAAACUGAAGAGAAGGAGGAGGACUCCAGCGUCCUGGGGUCUACAGCCGGCCCCGUUUGUCUGCGGUGGAUUUGUUGGACGGUUUGCAGAGUGACUGUUAGAGAGAUGGCCAAGCCACAGAGCUGGACCAGAAUGAGGACUUGAGGCCAAGGAGGUUCUGGACUGUCCUAACCUCCAUUGUGCUGGAGGAGAGAGAUGUGUUUGAAGGUUUGAGUUACUGAGCUGAGUGUUUAAGACUGACUUGAGGAUGAGGAGGUCUGAGACUGACCUGAGACUGACCUGAGGAUGAGGAGGUCUGAGACUGACCUGAGACUGACCUGAGGAUGAG